AUGAUCCUGUACGGAGUAGGAACAGGGAAUGAUUGUGGAUCAACCAAUCACAUAUCAGAUGGAGGAGGAAGAGUUGCACUAAAGAAAGGGCCAUGGACGGCAACAGAAGAUGAGAUACUAGCAGCGUACGUUAGAGAGAAUGGUGAAGGAAAUUGGAACGCCCUUCAAAAACACACAGGCCUUGCUCGUUGUGGCAAAAGCUGCCGUCUCCGUUGGGCCAAUCACCUUCGACCUAAUCUCAAAAAAGGCUCUUUCACCAAUGAUGAAGAACGUCUCAUUAUCCAGCUUCAUGCUCAACUUGGUAACAAAUGGGCUCGCAUGGCCGCGCAGUUGCCUGGACGAACAGAUAAUGAAAUCAAGAACUAUUGGAACACGAGGUUGAAGCGUCUUCAACGGCAAGGACUUCCUCUUUAUCCUCCAGAUGUCAUCCCUAAUCAUCAGUUUCAUCCACAUCCACAACAUCAUCAUCAGCAACAUCAACAAAUGUAUUACCAUCAACACUCAUCACAAUCAAACACACCAUCAUCUUCUCCUCUUCCAUCUCCGACACCACUAAACGCAAAUCCCUCAUCAUCAUUCACUUUCCAAACCACAAACGCAUCACCCGCUAAUUUCCUCCAUCCAUUAAGCCCUCACACUCCAACCACACCACAAACACCUUCUCAGCUCUCUUCCAUGCCGUCUCCACUACCACUUUCAUCUCCUUUAUCUUCCCCUCUCAACAACCGGAACCCUACUCUCCCUCUCUUCAACAACAAUAACACUAACUUCACUUUUCCUAGACCUCCACCUCUCCUCCAACCGUCUUCAUCGCUCUUUGCGAGACGCUACAACAAUUCUAACACUCCUCUUGAUUACACUAACCGUGUUUCAACUGCACCAUUCUCCCCUAUUUCAAGAGACUCUUACACUUCUUUUCUGACAUUACCUUACACUUCCUCUUCUGGUCUAAACACUCCAACCGAUACUUACCAUAACACUAACAACAGUUACUCUUCUUUCUCAUUAAACCCUUCACCUUCUUCGUACCCUUCAGCAACUUCUUCUCCAAGCUUUCUUCGCUCUCAUUACACUCCUAAUUCUUCUCCCACCUCCUUUCACACCAACCCAGUUUACCCCAUGAAACAAGACCUCCCUACAAACCAAACCCACCAGAUAUGUGACUUUAAUAAUGUCGAGAAUUUCACAUACAAUGAAAAACAUAACAAAACCAAUCUUCAAAGGCGCAAUAUUAGUUGCAGCCUCUUAGAGGAUGUCAUGGAAGAGGCUGAAGCUCUAGGUGAUAGAAGCGGAGGCCGACCACCAAAACGGAGACAACUAACAACUUCUUCUCCUCUAAACAGUAGCAGCAAGAACAACAAUGACAAUGACUUCUUCUCAGUCACUUUCGAACAAUAUGAUGCCUCUGAAAACAUAUGUUCCUUACAAGAUUUGAAAUCAAAGGAAGAAAAAUCUCUUGAAAUAAACACAAUGCAAGAGGACAUAGCUAAGCUCCUUGAUUGGGGAAGUGAUAGUGGAGAAAUCUCUAAUGGGCAAUCAUCUGGUGUCACGGAUGACAAUCUUGUUCUUGAUGUUCAUCAAAUGGCUUCACUAUUCCCGGCUGAUUCCACAGCUGCAGCAAACGACCAACACAACAACAACAAUAAUAAUAACUUCUCAUGGGACGAUUUGGAUUGA